GAUAAAGGAGCUAGUACUUGACAAGUCGAUCAACAGAGAAGUGUUAAUCGACUUUGUUCCAGCUCUAGGGAAGUGAGAAAAGUAUUUGCUAGUGACUGAUCUCUGAUCAGUUUAAUUAUUAAUGUUUAAUUAAUAAGGCUUUAACCACGUCCCUAGCUUGGCCUCCAGAAGCGAUCAGAUUAUUUCUCUUUAGUCCAAAACUUUUCCUUUUGGUCAAGGUAUAACCUAAUUCAAGGUGAUCGCAGCGACUACGUCAAUCGAAAAUGAACAACAACAUUACAUCUUUAACUCACAUCGAUAAAGAACUUGUCGGAAAUUUCCGUCUACUCAUUGAAGAAUCUAACAUUAACUUAUCGAUGAGUGACGAAUUGCUUAUGUGCUUCAUUCACGCUCGCAAGUACGACGUGAAUCGUUCUAUGAGAUUGUUGAACAAUUACAUCAGAAUGACGAAGAAUUACCCAGAACUUCUAACUGAGUUGCGACCGGCGCGCGCCAAACAAGUGCUCGACAUGGGUCUUGUUCUUGCGUCACCCCAACGAGAGCAAAAUGGUCGUCGUGUAUUUAUAGUUGACCUAAGCAAUUGGGAUCCUCGCAUUUGUUGUUUGGAAGACGUCUUUCGUACUGUCGUCUUUUGUUUUCAAAGAAUGAUGUCCGAGAUUGAAACUCAGACUAAUGGCAUUGUUGUAAUCCUGGAUUUCAAGGAUUUUACACUUUACAAAGUGAAGCAGUUUACUCCGUCGUUGAUCAAAACGAUAGCUGACACCGUACAGGACGUGUUUCCUAUUCGUUUGCAAGGAAUUCAUAUUCUCAAUGAACCUCGGAUCCUCAAAAUCCUAGUUGCCAUGUUUUGGCCUUUUUUGUCUAACAAAAUUCGCAAUCGAUUGUUUUUUCAUGGCCACAGCUACACAACAUUACACAAGCAGAUUGAUCCUGCUUCCUUGCCCAGCAAUUACGACGGCUGCCUGAAACCGAUGGAAACCAUGCAUUUUUCUAAUGUCUUCCCUGAAAAGGAUUACUCGAAAUUAUUCGAUUGUUUUAACUAGAGGUAAGGCCGUAAGGGCGCUUAAAAAUGUGUGAGAUUGGAUGCUAUUAAUAUCAAAAAAUUCUUAUUCUAAAUCUUCUAAUUCUAAAUUCUUAGAAUUACGUAUUUUGUCGUGCCCACUAGUUUAAUACUCGUAUCUUUAUGUCAUGCGUCUGUGCCGCUUUUUUUCACGCUAGUGUUUUUAUGAUGAUUAUUUUUUAUUGUUUUGUGUAAAAUUUGUAAAAAAAAAUUACAGUGGGCUGCGAUGUAUA